UGAAUUCACUUUCCAGAUUCCUAAAAAUGGGCACUCCUUAAAAAAAAAAAGGCCCAACUGUGUGUCUCUUGGUUGUGUGGGAUGAGGAGAUAGACGCAGUGACACAGGAGCAGCCGGCGAGAACAUGGCGGUGGCCUUGCUGCCCUCCACAGUUUCAUUCUCCACUUUUCAGGUAAAGGCAUUUAGUGCUUCUCCAUUUCAACCUCAAGCAUGUAAGCGGACUUGUGCUCUCCAUCGGAAUGUCUCUUACUAUCCUUCAUCCAGAAAAGUUACUGCACAAUUUGGGAUACCUGAUAAAGCAAAGAUGCAAAUGAAUCAUUUUAAGGAGCGAUUAUGGAAAUCUAUGCCUUAUCCAGUUAAAGAUUUUCCAUGGAAGAAAGCGGAAGACCAAGUAUUGCAACGGUUGCUGUCUCUUGGCCAGGAAGCAUUGAAGUGGUCUUUCGUAGCCUGGUUCUUAUCGAGCUUUUUGUCAGAUGUUAUAGUUACUAUAUCUAGAAAUCAGGAAUUAGUCAUGCCUUUUGGUCUCUUCGCUGGCUCCUUGAUGUCUGACUUCAUGAAAGACACAUUGGAAGAUUUGUUUCCACAGCAAGAGGUGAAAGGUGUAAACUGGAAUUUUCUGGGCAUUGCUACUGUGUUCGUUGUUCUCAAGUUAAUCUCGACAGCUUUUGCGAGUCAGCGCUGGAUGUUUCCUGUGCAUGUAGCAAAUGGUGGCUUAAUGCAAAUUUUGUGGUUAUGGAAAAGAUCUCAGGACAAAGAUGUAGAAGUGCAUUCACAACUGGUAGAGACUGAAAAUACUGUUCCUUAGAGCUCUAUGAACAUAAACGUAGUAUGUAAGAUAACGAUGUCAAGAAACGACUAAUCUCAAUAGAAUUUCUCUUCAAAUCGA